UUGGCAAAAGUUGCUCUUUGGGAUUGGCUGCCGCGGUGCAGCGCCAGGACUCUCGGAAUAAAUAAAAGCGGGUUGGAGGGAGCCGCGGCCGGCGCGACUCCCGGGGAGGGGGAGGAUUUGCAAGACCGCAGAUGAGGCUUGGACGCCCGUGGCCGUGCUGGGCUCCGCGCCGCCGCUCGGACUGGUCCGAAUAACCCUGCUGGUGCUGGUGGAGAGACAGAGGGAGCAGGGGAGGAGGGAGAUGGGGGAGACGAGGAAUCCUGCCAGGAGCCCGGAGGAGCAGCGCUAGGCAGAGCCCGAUCCCGGGGUUUUCCGGGGAAGGAGGAGGAGGAGGAGGGGGAGGCGCUGCGGAGCGGCUGGGGGGCGGGAGAGGCGGGAGGGAGGGCGCUCGCCUUCCCCCGGCGGAGAUGGUGCUGCUGUCCCUCGUCGCCUGGCUGUGGCUGGCGGAGGGCGCCCAGGCGCAGCUCCGCUACACGGUGCAGGAGGAGCAGGAGCAUGGCACGUUCGUGGGGAAUAUCGCGGAGGACCUGGGCUUGGACGUUACAAAACUUUCGGCGCGGCGCUUCCAGGCGGCGCCCAACUCGCGGAGCCCCUACCUGGCGCUGGACCUGGAGACGGGCGUGCUGUCGGUGAGCGAGAAGAUGGACCGGGAGCAGAUCUGCAAGCAGAGCCCGGCCUGCCUCCUGCACCUCGAGGUCUUCCUGGAGAACCCGCUGGAGCUGUUCCGCGUGGAGGUGGAGGUGCUGGACAUCAACGACAACCCCCCCGCCUUCCCCGAGCCGGACCUGACGGUGGAGAUCUCGGAGAGCGCCACGCCGGGCACGCGGCUGCCGCUGGAGAGCGCCUUCGACCCGGACGUGGGCACCAACGCGCUGCGCACCUACGAGCUCACCCCCAACGCCUACUUCUCGCUGGACGUGCAGACGCAGCCGGGCGACGGGAGCCGCUUCGCGGAGCUGGUGCUGCAGCAGGCGCUGGACCGCGAGCAGCAGGCGCUGCACCGCUACGUGCUCACGGCGGGGGGCGGCGGGCAGCCGCAGGCGCGGACGGGCACGGCGCUGCUGAGCGUGCGGGUGUUGGACUCCAACGACAACGUGCCCGCCUUCGAGCAGGCCGUGUACGCCGUGGCGCUGGCCGAGAACUCGCCGCCCGGCACGCUGGUGCUGCAGCUCAACGCCAGCGACCCCGACGAGGGCGCCGACGGGGAGGUGCUCUACUCCUUCAGCAGCCACAUCUCAGCCCGCGCGCGGGAGGUCUUCGGCCUGGCGCCGCGCACGGGCCGCCUGGAGGUGGCGGGCGAGCUGGACUACGAGGAGAGCAGCGCCUACCAGGUGUACGUGCAGGCCAAGGACCUGGGCCCCAACGCCGUGCCGGCGCACUGCAAGGUGCUGGUGCGCCUGCUGGACGCCAACGACAACGCGCCCGAGAUCAGCUUCUCCACCGUGAAGGAGGCGGUGAGCGAGGCGGCGGCGCCGGGCACCGUGGUGGCGCUCUUCAGCGUCUCAGACCGCGACUCGGCGGAGAACGGCGAGGUGCGCUGCGAGCUGGUGCAGGCGGGCGCCGCGCCCUUCCGCCUCAAGAGCUCCUUCAAGAACUACUACACCAUCGUGACCGAGGGCGCGCUGGACCGCGAGCAGCCCGGCGGCGACGCCUACACGCUGACCGUGGUGGCCCGCCCGCCGCUCAGCGCCACGCACAGCAUCCAGGUGCGGGUGAGCGACGUGAACGACAACGCGCCGCGCUUCUCGCAGGCCCGCUACCGCGUGCAGGUGAGCGAGAACAACGUGCCCGGCGCCUACAUCUUCGCCGUCAGCGCCACGGACCGCGACGCCGGCGCCAACGCCCGCCUGGCCUACGCCAUCCUGGACGGGCAAAUCCAGGGCAUGUCCGUCUUCACCUACGUGUCCAUCAACGCCGAGAACGGCUUCCUCUACGCCCUGCGCUCCUUCGACUACGAGCAGCUCAAGGAGUUCAGCUUCCAGGUGCAGAACUACUGCUACCAGGUCUGCCUCACGCCCGAGUCCGCCAAGACCGACCUCAUGUUCCUCAAGCCCUGCAGCCCGGCCCGCAGCGCCGACGCCGAGCACAGCCCGUGCGGGGCCAUCGUCACCGCCUACGCCGACCAGCAGCCCGACAUCAUCUCCAACGGCAGCAUCCUGUCCAGCGAGACAAAACAUCAGCGUGCAGAGCUCAGUUAUCUAGUUGAUAGACCCCGACGGGUAAACAGUUCUGCAUUCCAGGAAGCAGACAUAGUAAGCUCUAAAGACAGUGGUCAUGGAGACAGUGAGCAAGGCGACAGUGAUCAUGAUGCCACUAAUCGAGGUCAAUCCUCUGGCAUGGAUCUCUUUUCCAACUGCACAGAGGAAUGUAAAGCACUGGGUCACUCAGAUCGAUGCUGGAUGCCUUCCUUUGUUCCAUCCGAUGGACGCCAAGCUGCAGAUUACCGCAGCAAUCUGCAUGUACCUGGUAUGGACUCUGUUCCAGACACUGAAGUGUUUGAAACACCAGAAGCCCAGCCUGGGGCAGAAAGAUCCUUCUCCACCUUUGGCAAAGAGAAGGCCCUUCACAAUACUCUGGAGAGGAAGGAGUUGGAUGGACUGCUGUCUAAUACACGAGCGCCUUACAAACCACCAUAUUUGAUCUUUAAUGGAGAGAGCAUUAGGGAGAUACCUGCUUGCAGACCAGCUUUUUUCAGCACGGAAAAGGAUAUGCUAGUCAAUUCUACAGGACUUACCUGAAGCAGCAUGAUUUGCACAAAAGUCGACCAACAAAAAAGCAUCAACUUUUCAACUUCAUUGUCUUGGCCAUCCAGUUCUGAGUAACUGAAGGAUUUGUGUGCUGUUGGAGACAUCAUGGCCAACAACAGGACCUAAUUGCUCUCAGCAGGCCUGAGAAAUGAGUUGAAAUGUAUGGAACUGUAGAAACUUCAGAGGCAACUGUUCUUGCCUCUCUGAUCAGUGUGUGCCUGUUUACAGCACUAUAUAUCUUUCUCUCUCCAAAAUGUCACUGAGCCCUUUAGAUGUUUAUAUUCACCACAAGAAGCCAAUCGUACAGAUAAAAGAAAUGUGCAUUAUAAAUGCAAUAUCACUGUUUUAAACUUGACUGUUUUAUAUUAUUUUUGUGUGAUCAAGUGUUCCCCAAACUAUUCCAACUUUACAAGAGAGAUUGUGAUCAUGUUCUUUUCACCUGUGGGUCAUAAAAAUGUUGUUAAUCUGCAGACCCACAAAAUAUCAAAGACAUUCUGUAGUUUAUACACCGUGUUGCAAAGUGUUUACUGUACUAUUUCAAAGCUUCUAAAUAAAUAUAAAAUAUAUAUAUAUUAUAUUAUAUUAUAUAUAAUUUUCUGAACAAUGUGGUACAAUUUAGUUGAUUUUUAAAUGGAUUCAUGCAGUCCACAUCAUGCAUUAAAAGUGAGAAGGUAAUUCAGGGUCCCUAAACUAUCCUUGCUAAAAUAAAUAAAUAAAUAAAUCUUUAGUAGUA